AUGGGAAGAUUGUCAUACAUUCGGCGUUUUAUUCCAGGCCUUACUGCAAUGAUGAGUGUUUUCACUCCUCUCCUUAAAGAGGGGAAGCCAUAUAUAUGGAGCCAGGGAUGCCAAGAAGCUUACCAACGGGUACAACAACUGAUCACCAAGCUGCCCACGAUGAGGACACCUAUUCCAGGACUUCCACUCAAGCUUUACUUGGCUGCGACGAAUGCUGCGGUUGGAGCUUUGCUUGCGCAGGACGGCCAUGACGGGGAGGAAAGCCCCGUUUAUUAUGUAAGCCGACAACUGAGAGGAGCUGAGGCAAGGUACCCAAAAACGAAACUCUUAUGCCUUGCUCUUGUCUAUGCUGCGCAGCGCUUGCGACACUACUUCCUUGCUCACAAGUUACAACUCAUAGUAAAGUCCGAUCCCGUAAGAUAUCUGCUCACAAGGCCGGUAUUAUCUGGUCGUCUCGCACGAUGGUUAUUGCAGCUUUCCGAAUUUGAUAUCAUAUGCACAACUCCUAAGGCCAUCAAGGGACUUCCAGUGAUUGACAUGUUAGCUCUAUUCCCCGAAGUAGAAGGAUCAACCCUUUCCAAGGAAGUCCUGGGAGAACUGCCGGAAAUGGUUGCUACUGUUACAGAGGAGGAACCAUGGACCCUCUACUUUGAUGGGUCUUCCACAUCAAAAGGUGGAGGGGCAGGUGUCGUGCUCAUUAAUCCCAAUGGGCAAGCUACGGCUCUCUCAUUCAAGCUAGACUUUCCAUGCACGAAUAACGUGGCAGAAUACGAAGCUUUUAUUGUGGGAUUGUCCACAGCAAGAGAAAUGGGCGCAGAAAAGGUGAAGAUCAUCGGCGAUUCGAACCUAGUACUAAGUCAAUUGCAAGGAAGCUUUGCGGUGAAGGAAGCAACCUUUGGCACCAUAUCGGACAGCUGCUGA